AAAUCUAACCUUUCCCAACACUGCUAGUCGCCGCGUUUGCUUUUUUUUGCUAUCCGAAUUUUGAUCGUUGUUUUUCUCCCUUUAUUUUCCGCUUUGAUAAAAAAUGGGGGACAGCGAUAACGAGAGCGAUUCGAGCAGCAGCUCUAGUGGAAGCGGAAGCUCCAGCUCCUCCAGUUCAUCCUCGUCCGAAAACUCGAGUCGCAGGAGUAGCGAGCGGGAAGAGGAAGCACCCGCCGCAAGGCCGCAGGAAUCCGAAAAUCCUAAUACUAAGGAUGCGAAGAAGGAUUUAGAAGAAAGUGAAGCAGCCGUGGAAAAGGAGAAAUCCGUAGAGAAGGAUAAAAUUCGUGAGGCCGUCGCCGCGGCAGAGGCGGAACCAAUUUCCCAUACUGCUGGCGUGGAAAAGCGGCAAGAAGAAGAAGAAACAGUAGCAGCCGCAACUGCAGUGCCAGCAGAAGUAAAUGAAGCAGAAACUACAGGGGAAACUGUCAAAGCUGAAUCACCUGGCAAUGGCGACGGGGAAUCUGCAGGUGCAACUGAAGACCAGGAGGCGAAACCACAAUCGGUGGCCGGAAAGUUGGACGAUGUGGCGGAAGAAGAUAAGGAGCAACCGCCACAGCAAGCAAGCAAUGAUAACAGUGGGGAAUCCCCUAAAGACACAAAUGCCACAGUGGAACCCCCGCCAGUGGACAAUCACAUCGAAGAGGGCGAAAUAACCGAUAGAGACGACGAGGAAGUCGAGCCAGUUAAGGAAAAGGAAACACCCACCGAAGUCAGCACAAAGAGUCCAUCAAAGGACAACCAUGCUACGCGCAGUCGUAGCCAGGAUGACAAGCGUCGCCGGCAGCGUUCCUCUAGCAGGAGCCGUUCUCCGCGUAGCCGCCGACCUCGUCGGUCGCGGAGCAGAGCCAGCAGGUCCCGCAGCCGCAGCGUAAGCCCCGUACGUCGCAGGUCCAGCUCCUUGGAAAGAAGGCGCUUGGAGCGACAAAGGCGCCACGAGGAGCGGGACAAGCGGGAUAAGGAACGCGAGAGGGAGCGCGAGAAGCGUCACCAAAAACGGGAAAGAUCUCAUAGUAAGCGCCGAGACGAUUCGCGGGACCGGCGGCGAUCCAAAGAACGCAGGAGGGACCGUUCUGCGUCCAGGGACCGCAAGAGAGAACGCUCCAGUUCCCCGCCUCCCUCGAAGUCUGUCAGUAAUCCUCCAGUGGCCAAUGCAGAUAACGAAACUGUAACCGAACCGGCUGCUAAGAUUACAGAGCGGCAGCGAAAGACUGUCGAUGUACUGACUUCUCGUACGGGAGGAGCAUACAUCCCGCCGGCGAAACUGCGCCUGAUGCAGGCUGAGAUCACCGACAAAGCCUCAGCGGCUUACCAGCGAAUCGCCUGGGAGGCUCUGAAAAAGUCCAUCCACGGUUACAUCAACAAGGUUAACGUGACCAACAUUGCUAUCAUAACCAGGGAGCUUUUGCGGGAGAACAUAGUGCGAGGCCGGGGCUUGCUGUGCAGGAGCAUUAUCCAGGCACAGGCUGCCUCGCCCACCUUCACGCAUGUCUAUGCUGCUCUCGUCUCCAUCAUAAACUCCAAAUUCCCCAAUAUCGGAGAGCUGCUCCUGAAGCGUUUGGUCAUUCAAUUUCGCCGUGCUUUCCGACGUAACGACAAACUAGUCUGCAUGUCGGCCACCAGAUUCAUAGGUCAUCUGGUUAACCAGCGCGUGGCCCACGAGAUUCUGGCCCUCGAAAUCCUGACCCUCCUGGUGGAAACACCUACUGACGAUUCCGUGGAGGUGGCCAUUGCCUUCCUCAAGGAGUGCGGCAUGAAACUGACCGAGGUCUCUUCCAAAGGCAUCGGGGCCAUCUUCGAGAUGCUGCGGAAUAUCCUGCACGAGGGUAAGCUGGACAAGCGUGUCCAGUACAUGAUCGAGGUGCUGUUCCAAGUGCGGAAGGACGGCUUCAAGGACCACCCAGCUGUCGUGGAGGAGCUCGAGCUUGUGGAGGAGGACGACCAGUUCACUCACCUCAUGAUGCUGGACGAGGCCACCGAAACGGAGGACAUACUAAAUGUUUUUAAGUUUGAUGACAACUACGCCGAGAAUGAGGAGAAGUACAAGGGCCUGAGCAACGAGAUCUUGGGCAGUGAAGACGACAGUGGAUCAGGCUCGGGCUCUGGGUCUGGUUCGGAUAGCGAUUCGGACGGGGAAUCCGGGGAGGAUGCGGACAAACAAACCAAAACUGAUGCGGGCGACAUCAUUGAUAACACCGAGACGAAUCUGAUUGCUCUGCGACGCACCAUUUACUUGACCAUUAACUCCAGCUUGGACUACGAGGAGUGCGCCCACAAGCUGAUGAAGAUGCAACUGAAGCCCGGUCAGGAGGUGGAGCUGUGCCACAUGUUCCUCGACUGCUGUGCCGAGCAGCGCACCUACGAGAAGUUCUACGGACUGCUUGCCCAGCGAUUCUGCAACAUCAACAAGAUCUAUGUGCCUCCGUUUGAGGAGAUCUUCAAGGACACCUACCAUACCACCCACAGACUGGACACCAAUCGCCUGCGGAACGUCAGCAAGUUCUUCGCCCAUUUGCUCUUCACGGACGCCAUCAGCUGGGAUGUGCUGGAAUGCAUUUUGCUAAAUGAAGAUGACACCACAUCCUCGAGCAGAAUCUUCAUAAAGAUCCUCUUCCAGGAGCUGGCUGAAUACAUGGGACUAGGCAAGCUGAACAACAAACUGAAGGAGGACGUUCUGGUGGGGAGCCUGGCGGGAUUGUUCCCGAAAGACAACCCAAGGAACACCCGCUUCUCCAUUAAUUUCUUCACCUCCAUUGGAUUGGGUGGACUUACCGACGACUUGAGAAUGUUCCUGAAGAACGCACCCAAAGCUGUUCCAGCCAUCAACGUCGAGGUCAACAGCACAGGAAAUCCUUUCAGAGAUGGCUCGGCCCCGACUGGCAAUUCCCAGCUACCGGGCUCCUCUUCGUCAUCCUCCUCCUCGGACAGCAGCAGUGAAAGCUCCUCCGAGGAAGAGUCCAGCUCUUCCAGUGAAUCCUCGAGCUCCGAUUCCAGCUCCGAACCGCAGAAGAAAAAGAAGCGCAAGGACAAGCGUAAGAAGAAGUCUAAGAAGAGCAGCAAGGAUAAGGCCAAGAAGAGUAAAAGCAAAAAGCGGGAACGAGAACGAGAACGGGAGCGGGAACGAGAACGAGAAAAGCAAAGAGAGAAGGAGCGCGAGAGAGAAAAAGAAAGGCUUCGGGAGAAAGAAAAAGAAAAGCGCGAAAAGGAGAAGAAAGCCGCCAAAAAGAAGUCAAAAGAAAAGAAGAAACGACGACACAGUUCCAGUUCAAGCAGCAGCGAUGACAGCGAGAAGUCCUCGGAAGCCUCAUCCUCGAAUUCCUCCAGCGACGAAGACAGUAGCGGAGAGCCUCCGGCUAAGACCCAGCGGCAGGAGGAAGUCCAAAGAAACAACAAAUCCCGAGGGAAACACCGUGACAGUGACGAAUUCAAUCUCGAGGGACCCAACUCCCGCGAUCCUGAUCGCUAUCAAUCCGCCAAUGGAAACGGACACAGAAGGAAAGAUAAUUCUUCGUACGAUAGAUCCCGGGACCAAUCUCCCAACGAUAGAGACAGAAACCGAGAGAAUUCCAACUACGGCAGGGAAAGGAAUCGCGAGAAUUCUUCGCAACGGAAGCGGGAAAGGUCAGUUUCCUACGAAAAGCCACGCAGGAGAGAGAAUUCUUCCCCACGCGAGCGGCGUGGUGAGAAGAAAAGCCGCGGUGAGAAACGUGGCAGUGAGCGCUCUUCCCGAGACGAUCGUGCACGUGAGAGAGACCGUGAUUCCAAAAGGCAGCGGGAUAGGGAGCCGGAAAGGGAUAGAUCCCGAGACCGUCCACGCAGAGAGCGCAGCCCAUACCGUUCCAAGGGCCGUGCCUGAAUCCAGGAGGUGACUGACAACUAAAGGCACUUAAAUAUUUGUGUUAAUGAUUUAACAUGUAAAAUUGUGUACAAAAACCCACUAAGCUGAUAAAACAAAAAUAAAUUGUGCAUAUUCCAAUUGACAAGACCCAAGAA